UGCCUGCCCGCCGGUUUCGGGCACCGCGGCAAGAACGUGCUCGACGAGAGCGUGCGGCGGGCCGGCGCCAUGGACUGCGCGCGCUUCUCGAGCAACCUGUGCCCGUACGCGCUGGGCAUUGUCGACCGCGUUACGCAGCUGCUGCUGCCCAACGUCGCGGGCGUACUGCCUAUGUGCUCGCCGAGCGAUGGCUUCGUGCGCGCCGAGCUGUACAAGCUGAACAUCUACGAAGGACCCUCGGGCUUCUUCAAGAAACACAUCGACACGCCGCGGGCUGAGACCCAGUUCGGCUCGCUGGUGCUAUGUCUGCCCAGUGCGCACGAGGGUGGGCGCUUGACGGUUCGCCACGGUGGACUGGAGCCGGUCGCGCACGACUGGGACGCGGCCGCUUCCGCCGGUGACGUCCUGCAGUGGGCCGCCUUCUACAGCGACUGUGAGCACGAGGUAAACGAGGUGACGGCCGGCCGCCGCGUCACCAUCACCUACAACCUAUACUACGAACGCCGCGUCUCGGCCGACCCGAUGGCCGGGCUCGACAGCAAACCGGCGCCCGUAGACGUCACCAGGCUGGCGCCAUACGCGACCAUGCGUGACCUGCUCCAGAACCCGGAGUGGAUGAAGGACGGCCACACUCUGGGCAUUUACUGCGCCCACGCGUACCCAACUACCAUCUCGAAGGUGGUGGACCUGGAGGAUCCCGGUUCUAAUUACGGGCGCUCUCGCACACCCUCCCCCGAGCCACUCGCGAGCGAUAAGCUCAGGACCCUCAAGGGUACCGACAUGUCACUCUACGCCGUCUUCCGACAGCUGGGUCUCGAGGUCAACCUGGUGCCCAUUAUAAUAUCCUCAAAGUACCUGCCCAACCAAGACUAUGGCGACGACGAAGACUCUAAAAAGAUCUUUUGGCCAUGCGGAGGGACCGAGACCGAGCCUGGCAUGGUUGGACUGACUAAGUUCAUCACCCAUGAAGGUGAUGAUGCAGCGAAUAUCCCAAAGGCCUUUGGCGAGCUGGUGAAGGAUGUCGAGUGGAUCACCGAGCCCCUCUGGCGAAACCUGGCCUUGAUACACGGAAAUUACUUCGGAAAUGAGGCUGGGCCGCCCGGGAUAUGCUACGCGUAUACUGCCAUGAUCGUCAAGAUUCCUACUGCGGCGAGCCGCGGAGACUUGGUCUCGAGCGCGUGA